UCUAUACAUUAUCUUCAGAAAAGUGGAAGUGUCUGGAAAGGUAGCCCUACAUCAAAGACGAAUCUGAAUCUGUACUGUAAUCCGUGUGGUACAGAUGGAUUAAAGAAGCUGGCUCACGGAUUUUGUCAAGACUGCAAGGAACAUCUUUGCAAAAAUUGCGUUCAACAUCAUAGAAGGUCAAGAUCAUCUAGAAAGCAUGUUCUGAUUAAUAAAUACGACAUGGCACUACAUCAAACGACCGUUGACGUAAAUGCAGACAUGAUUACCGACAACUGUACCAACCAUAAGGAUAAACUACUGGAGUUCUAUUGUAACAAUCACAAAACAGUAUCAUGCAAAGUUUGUGUGACUCUUGAACACAAACAAUGUAUAGUUGACUUUAUUCCUGAGGGUUUCGGAAACGUAUCUAGCGAGUUGAUAAAUUUGAACAAAAAGAUGGAAGUGUUAAUCAAGAAAUGUGAAAAUAACAUUAUAAAGGCUGUAGCUGCUUCAAAACGACUGGAACAAAGUAAUAGAAAAGUUAAUGAAGACAUUAGUCUCUUCAGGAAAGAAAUAAAUGCAUAUCUGGAUCAGAUGGAAUCGAUGAUGAUAAAAGAAACUGAAGCUAUUAUUAACGCAGCAAACUAUAAACUCGAGAAUAUCAAGGAUGCUUGCGAAAAAUUAGCCGAGGAAGUGAAGCGUUCACAGUCAUUUCUAAAUGACCUGAAUAAAACAAACGAGCAGAAUAAGCUUUUCAUUGAAAUGAAAAAUGUCGGACCUCGUUUGAUGACACUUGAAAGUGAAGAAAUACAGAUUGUCAAAGAUAUUAUGGCAUAUGACGACAUUCAAUUUGACCGGAACCAAAAGCUACUUGAUCAACUGAAAAAUAAGAAAAACUUUGGGACAAUUCUAACAUAUGGAAAACCAUUAGCAGAUACUGAAAUAUGUAUGAGAUAUAAAAGAUCUCUCAACGUGAAAUUCCCCUCUGAUGAAAACCAAAGUGAUGUGUUUGGGGCUGUUACGAUUUCUGCUACACAUAUGAUCCUCGCUGAUUAUGGCAAUAAGAAAAUUAAAACAGUUAAUAUAGCCACAGGAACACAGGUGUCAGAGGAAACCCUGUCUUCUGCACCAUUCGAUGUUAUAAGACUUCCCCAAAAUAAACUUGCUGUUGCAUUACUUAAAGAAAAAUGUAUCCAGAUCAUGUCUUAUACAGAUACAAGUUUGUCUUCAGAUCGUCGUAUAGAUGUCGGUGAAAAGUGUGUUUGUUUAGCUUAUUGUCAGGACAAGCUAGUAGUAGGCUGUAAUUAUACUCCAGGAAAGCUUGUUAUUCUAGAUUUAGAGGGAAAUAUCAUACAGAGUUUUUGUACUCCUGGAUUGUUUGAUGGGCCUAAAAAGAUUGUUAUCAGCAGAGAUGAGAAGUUCAUGUAUGUAUCUGAUUACUGCUUCUUGGAAGGUUAUGGCAAGUGCAUGAAGAUAGACUGGCAAGGAAAUGUUGUACAAAGCUUUGCGGAUCAAGGAUAUGUUGGUCCUAAUGGCUUACAGGAGCUCGAAGAUGGUACUUUGUUAGUUUGCUUCUACUCCAGUCACAAAAUUGUCAGAUUGUCAAACAGCUUCAAGAAAUGUGAGAUAUUAGGAUUGGAGAAGAUAAACCUUUGUUAUCCAAAGGCUGUAACAUACAGUGAAAGGAGUCACAAAUUAUAUGUUAGUUGUUCUUCUGAGCAAGGGCGUGGUUCAAAUGAUACAAUAAAAGUAUUCAAUGUGAGAUAGAUCAUUUGUAUCUUUUGAAUGCGAAUAUUAGCUACAAUGUGACACAUUGUAUGUGAUCAGUGAUAGUGACACAUUAAAUUAUUGGGGACAUACUAAACACACAUCUUGUAAUUAUGGAUAUUCAGAUCAAUAUUUCGUUAAAAAUAAUUCAAUUCCAUGACAAAAAAGAAUUAAGAAUACAUGUAUUUCAAAAUAUGUGGGCAGACAAGUAUUUGAUUUGUAAUAAUUACUUAAUAAUUCACGGUGACUUCGGUGAUUUUGAAAAUAAUUUUACAAUUUGCAUGUCACAUAGUUUGAUAUCAGCUUAAUAUGAAAAAUGUUGACAAUAGAUAUUUAUUAUGUUUCAGAAUUGUUACAUUCAAAAUGCUACAUUUCAAACAAAAACCUAAUUAUUUGUGAUGUGGUAGUAAAUGACAUGCUAUGUUGUGUUGUCUUUACAAAUUACAACUGUAUAUAAAGCUCAUGUUUGUAACUGAGAUGAAUAAAUUUGA